AAAAAAAUAAAGGGAACGUUAAAAGGCAAAAAAACCGUUCCGACAUUCCGACAUUAUACGUGUGUCGCUUCCCAUCUAGUAGUAGUAAUACUUUUGUAUAUCCCCUUCCCCGUAUCUCCACAAACUCCGUAUGAAUGACAAGAAACAAGGCAAAAAUAAAGCCGAAAUGCAGACCAGGCAGCAGGCGCUCCAGGUACAGGGAUUAGGUCAUGUGUUGGGCGAGGGUCGAGUCAAACAAGCCCAGGCCGGAAAAAAACCAAGGGUCAAGGAAAAAAUCCCACCUCAGGUCCGUAAUCCCAGUAGCCAAGAGAGAAUUCGAAGAAGUGGGGUAUCUUCACACAAAAAAGUGUUGUAGCACGGAUGUUGUUGCCGGCAGCGGCGGCUGCUGGUUCCAGGGAGGCUGAGAUAAUAGACUGUGGUUUUCCAAAGGAUUUUCCAAAGGAUGGUGCUAUCCAAUUGUAAAUGCAUCUGGUUGGUCAAGCCCGAAGCAAGGUCAUCUGUUUAAUAUGGUGUACAGAGGAGGAAGAGGAAGCGAGGUGUUAAUGAUUUAUAGAGCGAGCAAGUUAUUUUGAUUGCAGAUUUUUUUUUUUC